GAGGAAAUCAGCUUUUUUUGUUCUCUGUUGAGUGCUGUCCAAGUCCUUAUUUUGACAACCUAGCGUUUUAGAGAAAGUUUAGCUAUCAAAGAUGAGUCAACUAACGGAUAACACAACAACAGCAACAACAACCCGAAAACCAGUCAGAGUAUGGGUCGAUGGUUGCUUUGACAUGAUGCACUAUGGUCACGCCAAUGCUCUUCGACAGGCAAAAGCCAUGGGCGAUGUGCUUGUCGUCGGUGUGCAUUCGGAUGCCGAGAUUGCAAAGAACAAAGGACCUACUGUCAUGAAAGAGCAAGAAAGAUAUGACGCAGUUGCAGCCUGCAAGUGGGUAGAUCAAGUCGUACCCAAUGCGCCAUACAACACGACCGUCGAGAUUCUGCGUGAAUAUGAUAUUGAUUUCUGUGUACACGGCGACGACAUCACAACAAUGGCCGAUGGUACCGACUGUUAUCAAGCUGUGAAAGAUGCCGGUCUGUAUCGAGAGUGUAAACGUACGCAAGGUGUCUCUACCACCGAAUUGGUCGGUCGUAUGCUCUUGAUGACCCGCGAUCACCAUAAGCGAGGCGAGUCUUCGAUUGCCAACGUGAAUGCUGAAGAACUUGGCUCUUUUAGUGCUGCAACAACUUCAACGUCAGGCAGCAGCGGCAACAAAACGAUCAAUCGCACAACUAUAUCUCAUUGCUUGCCUACAUCCAAGCGGAUAGUUCAGUUUUCUGAAGGUCGUGAGCCGAAGGAAACGGAUCGUGUCGUCUAUGUGGAUGGGACAUUUGACUUGUUCCAUAUUGGUCAUGUCGAAUUCUUAAAGAGAGCCAAGGCGCUUGGCGAUUUUUUGAACGUGGGCGUACAUGACGAUCAGACCGUCAACGCAAUCAAAGGUGCAAACUAUCCCUUGAUGAACCUUCAUGAACGAGCACUUAGUGUUUUGGCUUGCCGAUACGUCGAUGAAGUGAUCAUUGGCGCACCUUACAGUGUCACCGAAGAUAUAUUGACCAAGGAGUACCAUGCUCACGUUGUUGCACACAGCAAGACGCCUACCGAACCUGAUUUGGAUGGCAAGGACCCGUACCAGCUGGCAAAGGAUCGAGGCUUAUAUACCGAAAUCGAUAACCCUAGUUCUACCCUUACCACCGAAAGCAUCAUACAACGCAUUAUUGAAAACCGUGUCUUGUAUGAGGAACGACAACGUCGUAAGAAUGCCAAAGCGGAACUGGAAUCUCAAAAGGAAUCUGAGGAGAAGGGCAGGGCGUGAAAAAUGAUUACCGACCACUAUUGUUCCAACAUCAUGUGUAUAGUAGACUAUUAAACGAUAAGAGUGUGUUUGUUUGUUUGUUUUGAGAACUUUUUAAUAAUUGUGUAUAAAAGGAGAUGAAAAUAUAUAUACGAAAGUACAACAACGGUAUCUAUAA